ACAAUAAUUACAAUAAAAUAUUGAAAAAGUAUAAUUACGUGAUGAUUUACUUUCAUAAUAUGUGAUGUGUAAAAAAACUAUUUGCUAAUUAUUGAAACUGUAUCCUAGGUUAUAAUUGUUUUAACGAUUUCAAAAUGGGAAAAAACAAAAUGAUAGCGAAAAGCUGUCCGAAAUGCGAAUUACAGGUAGCGGUUGCAUCAAAGUCGUGUAAAUGCGGCCACACGUUCUUCGCAGCGAGGCGCGCAGCCGACACUCUGCCGGCUGUUGAAGAUAUUAAACGCAGGACCGGUAGAGUGAGGCGUUCGCAGCCACAGUUUUACGACGCGCAGCACUAUCAGAAACAGAAGAGAAAGUCACCGAAGAAGAGGAUAAUAUCGAAAACAUACAGCGAUGAAGAUUACAAAGGGAAGGGAAAAAUCGAAAGUGGUAUGUUUAUUUCAACAGCACGGGCUAGACGUCGUCGUGCCCUCCGUAGAGCCCAGAGGGAGCCCCCCCAGGUCGACAGAACGAGGGAUCCGACCCCGCAGCUCAGGCCGGCACAGCUAGCUCGCUGUAGAUUGAUCUUAUCUGAGAUUAAUAGGAAAAUGCGCGCUGUUACGUGGCAACCGCCAACGGACGGUUGAAAGUGUAAAUUUUAGUAUUAAAUUAAUUAUAAAUAAAUCGAUAUUGUAUAAAGUUACAAGUUUAAAAUGAAGAAUUAAAAUCGAUUAUUUCUAUAUAUCGAUUACAUUUUUAAUCGAUUUUGUAUAAAUAUAUCAAUUUUAUUUGAACGUGAAUUAAAAAUAAAUAAAUCUGUUAUAAACUACAAUAGGUCUAAGUAAUCUACUAGUAUAUUGAUUCAAUUUAUAUUAUUUAUUGAUUCAAUUUAUAUAAGUAUUAUUUUAUAUAAAUUGAAUCAAUUAUUAACUAUUUCGUUAAUACAGACAGACAGUCGAUUCCAAUGGGAAGACCAGUAAAGAAAAAUAAACCACUUUGAUCUAGACAUGCCAUCAUUGGAGCUCAAAUUAACAGUGCUAUUAAUUGUGCAUUUUUUUAUAUAAACCAGGUAAACCCAUAUGUCCCCACUCCACCCGAUGCUAAGUGGUAGAGGAGGCCUAAUCACAUAAAAAAAAAAACCUGUGCGUAUCGGCAAUGUCGAAGUGAUAACUUAAACUAAGUUGAACUAUU